UGGACCCUGGCGAGGCGGCCAUCUUGGAGUCUUCCAGAAGGAGCUGCAACCUUCUCUUCGCGCUGGUGCCGCGGCGGCCUUGCUGGGCAGAAUGAAUGUGAUAGACCACUUGCGAGACAUGGCGGCAGCGGGGCUGCACUCCAACGUGCGGCUCCUCAGCAGCUUGUUACUUACAAUGAGUAAUAACAACCCUGAGUUAUUCUCCCCAUCUCAGAAGUACCAGCUUUUGGUGUAUCAUGCAGAUUCUCUCUUUCACGAUAAGGAAUAUCGGAAUGCUGUGAGUAAGUAUACUAUGGCUUUACAGCAGAAGAAAGCCUUAAGUAAAACUUCAAAAGUGAGACCUUCAACUGGAAAUUCUGCAUCCACUCCACAAAGUCAGUGUCUUCCAUCUGAAAUUGAAGUAAAGUACAAAAUGGCUGAAUGUUAUACAAUGCUAAAACAAGAUAAAGAUGCCAUUGCUAUUCUUGAUGGGAUCCCUUCAAGACAAAGAACUCCCAAAAUAAACAUGAUGCUGGCAAACCUGUACAAGAAGGCUGGUCAGGAGCGACCUUCAGUCACCAGCUAUAAGGAAGUGCUGAGGCAGUGCCCAUUAGCCCUUGAUGCCAUUCUAGGUUUGCUGUCCCUUUCUGUAAAAGGUGCAGAGGUGGCAUCAAUGACGAUGAACGUGAUCCAGACCUUGCCUAACUUAGAUUGGCUUUCUGUGUGGAUCAAAGCGUAUGCUUUUGUGCACGUUGGUGACAACUCGAGAGCAAUCAAUACCAUCUGUUCACUAGAGAAAAAGUCCUUAUUGAGAGAUAACGUGGACCUACUGGGAAGCUUGGCAGAUCUGUACUUCAGAGCUGGAGACAAUAAAAACUCUGUCCUCAAGUUUGAACAGGCACAGAUGUUGGAUCCUUAUCUGAUAAAAGGAAUGGAUGUAUAUGGCUACCUCCUGGCACGAGAAGGGCGGCUGGAGGAUGUGGAGAACCUUGGCUGCCGCCUUUUCAAUAUUUCUGAUCAACAUGCGGAACCCUGGGUGGUCUCUGGGUGUCAUAGCUUCUAUAGCAAACGCUACUCCCGAGCCCUCUAUUUAGGAGCCAAGGCCAUUCAGCUGAACAGUAAUAGUGUUCAAGCUUUGCUACUUAAGGGAGCAGCACUCAGAAACAUGGGCAGAGUCCAAGAAGCAAUAAUCCACUUUCGGGAAGCUAUACGUCUUGCACCUUGUCGCUUAGAUUGUUAUGAAGGUCUCAUCGAAUGUUACUUAGCCUCCAACAGUAUUCGUGAAGCAAUGGUAAUGGCUAACAAUGUUUACAAAACUCUAGGAGCAAAUGCACAGACCCUUACCCUUUUAGCCACCGUUUGUCUUGAAGACCCAGUGACACAGGAGAAAGCCAAAACUCUAUUAGAUAAAGCCCUGACUCAAAGGCCGGACUACAUUAAGGCUGUGGUGAAAAAAGCGGAACUGCUUAGCAGAGAACAGAAAUAUGAAGAUGGAAUUGCUUUGCUGCGGAACGCACUAGCUAAUCAGAGUGACUGUGUCCUGCAUCGGAUCCUAGGAGAUUUCCUUGUAGCUGUCAAUGAGUAUCAGGAAGCAAUGGACCAGUAUAGUAUAGCACUAAGUUUGGACCCCAAUGACCAGAAGUCUCUAGAGGGGAUGCAGAAGAUGGAGAAGGAGGAGAGUCCCACGGAUGCCACUCAGGAGGAGGAUGUGGACGACAUGGAAGGGAGUGGGGAAGAAGGGGACCUGGAGGGCAGCGACAGUGAGGCGGCCCAGUGGGCUGACCAGGAGCAGUGGUUCGGCAUGCAGUGAGGCAGGCACAGCUCCGUGGCCACACUGGCCUGCCCCGCUCUGAGCACUUCCAUGGACUGAAGGAACCUGUAGGAGCCCGCUCUCUGGGAGGACAAUGAUUCAGCAUGUGAUUGCAGCAGGGGUCUCUGCCCCUUGCUCCGUAUUUCUAGUAGUGACUUCAUUUUUAAAAACUGAGCCUGACCAACCUUCCAUAUAUCUCCAUCCUCCUCUGCUCCAGUCAGGGAGGACCAAGUGAGCACUCAGAGGCCCGUGGACGUGUCGGGGCUUCUGGGACAGAGUGCUUUUUAUAGAACUAACUUCUAAAUCUGAAAGCUCGAGGAAUAGAAAGUCUUUUGUCUGUGAUGUUGUGGAUGGGUUUAAAGGAGCGACCUGUUCCCCAGAGCAAGAGUGUCAUCUCCCAGCAGCAGCAUGGACUGGCCCUUUCAGAGAGGGUUUCCUGUCCCAGAAAUCAUUAUCCUGGGUUGUCCAAACUUCCCUAGUAACCUUGCUUCUUUCUGCAAUGUUAGUAAUGCCUUAAGCUGACAGUUGCUGUUUUGCAGAACAGUUUUCCUAUUUGCUAAUCUGGUAACUUGCCUAUGAGCCUGGGCCGAAUCUGAGAAACAAGUGUGACUUAGAGCAUGAACAGAGGCACAGUUGGGGUAAUUAAUAAAACUGUUUUUUGUACAGUAA